AGAAUAUACAAAAUAAUUGUAUUUUUCUAGUCGCUUUUAAUAAUUCAUAUUGUUCAAGCAGGGACGUGAACAAGGGAGCUAGAGCACAGUAGCAUACACUCGACAGAGAUGAAUUACACCAACAAAUAGUGCCUUUGUAAGGCUAUUAACAUAAAACGUGCUCUUUAAGGCUACAAAUAACACAUCGCGUUAAUCAGUUGCAUCAUAUUACAUUAAAACAAAUUAAUGUUCGUGUAUUUUAGGCUAUGUAAAACACAACAUUAGAAUUAAGCAACCUACUCGAAGCACGAAUUGCAUUGCUGUUCCAAGAGAACGCGCAUUGAUCUGCUGUGCAGUUUUUCAGGGGGUAAAUGUUAUCACGUGUUCCAUAGGCGUCCAAUCCCAGCUGGGGAAGCUUUCUGAAAUAAUUACCUGUCUUGAUUGUUCUACGGUCAGAUAAAAAAGUACACAUACACUCCAUAUAAUAAUCGGAUGCAUGUAAAAGGGAAGGGAGACAUCGCUAUGUCGGCUACGGGUCCCAUAAGUAAUUAUUAUGUGGAUUCCUUGAUCAACCAUGAGAGCGAGGAUGUUCUGGCGAGUCGUUUCUCAGCCACUGGUCCGAUAUCCUCCAGCUCACGCCCGACGCCCCUGGUACCGGACUGCGCGGAUUUCCCGUCCUGCAGCUUUGCCCCGAAACCACCAGUCUUUACUACCUCUUGGGCCCCUGUUCAUACUCAAUCGUCCGUGGUUUACCAUCCAUAUACUCAUCAACCUCACCUAGGCACAGACACAAGGUACGUUCGCUCUUGGCUGGAGCCUAUUCCCGGUACCGUGUCUUUUCCAGGAUAUGCAGGGAACAGCAGGCACUAUGGGCUAAAGCCCGAUACCUUCCAGGAUCCUCGUGCUGGAGACUGUCUGGGCUCGAACGGACGCACUUACACAGAUUAUCUUUACUGCUCCGCUGUCGACAUUAGAGAAAAACAACAGAACACACCAUCGCCGGAGACGGAGAGCCUUUCUUCCGGGAAGCACAAAGACGACAAGGCUGAAUUAGACCCAAACAAUCCCGUGGCAAACUGGAUCCACGCGCGCUCAACCCGAAAGAAGCGUUGUCCAUACACCAAGUAUCAAACACUCGAACUCGAAAAGGAAUUUUUAUUCAAUAUGUACCUCACAAGGGACAGGAGAUAUGAGGUAGCAAGGGUCCUGAACCUAACGGAGCGACAAGUCAAAAUCUGGUUCCAGAACCGAAGGAUGAAGAUGAAGAAAAUGAACAAAGAAAAAAACGAUAGUAAAGAACAAUAAAUCAAAAGCCAUUCGUUGGACACAGACUGAAAAGAAUCUCAUCAUUUAGUAUCGUCACAUUUAGAGUCUUAACAUUUAGCACCUUCGGUCCAUAUCAGGAACAGAGUAAACGAAUUUCUAAUUGGAUUUACUUCACAAUAUGGUGAUUCAUGUAUGAUUUAGUAUAAGUGUAAUUUCACCAUCCUGCCAUGAGUCAUAUUAAUAGUAAAUGUAGUUUGGAUUUACAUUACGUUUCUUUACUCACAAACACAAAUGUAGACUCUACAGUGAAGAUGCCCGAAUUUUCAGUGAGAAAAUACUUGAACUUUGUUUUCAACUUCCUAAUUUAUGCUUUCUACGUGACUGUUUCUUUUCUAUGCUUCCAUUAUUUGUAGGAGGUCCGAAAGCCGCGAGUAUUUUAUAAAGAAUAACAAAUCUGUAGUUAAAACAAUAUAUGUGUUCACGUCGAUGUACUUAGUUUGUUUCUGGUGUACCUGUUUGUGUAUUUUACGUUCUUUAAACUGUAAAAAGAGUUUCAUCAUAGAUUGUAGAUAUAUUCAAAUAUAUACAA